ACAUGAGCCUUGGGCCUGCACCGCUCAGACGUUGGUCCGGGCUGAGCGCCGCCGUCCAGACUGGUCGGACUGGUGGGGACUGGAGAUGGAGCGGCAGAGCCUGGCCUCCUGGAAGGACCGAGUGGAGCAGGAACUGGACCGGGUGGUGCAGUUUUGGACCAAGCACUCCCACGACCUGGAAUAUGGAGGAUUUUUUACCUGUUUGGGCCGGGACGGCCGGGUGUACGAUGACCUCAAGUAUGUGUGGUUGCAGGGGCGGCAGGUGUGGAUGUAUUGCCGCCUCUACCGCAAGUUGACCCGGUUUCGCCGGCCAGAGCUCCUGGAAGCAGCCAAAGCAGGAGGCGAGUUCCUGCUGAAACAUGCCCACGUGCACCCCCCUGGGAACAAGUGUGCCUUCGUGCUGACUCGGGACGGACGGCCCGUCAAAGUCCAGCGUACCAUCUUCAGCGAGUGCUUCUAUGUCAUGGCCAUGGAUGAGCUCUGGAGGACCACGGGGGAGACCCGUUACCAGAAGGAAGCAGUGGAGAUGAUGGACCAGAUUGUGUUCUGGGUGCGGGAGGACCCGUCGGGGCUGGGCAGACCCAAGCUGUCCGGUGCCCCUGCCGCGGAGGCCAUGGCCGUGCCCAUGAUGCUGCUGAACCUCGUGGACCAGCUCGGGGAAGCAGAUGAGGCCCUUGCGGGGAAGUACGAGGAGCUGGGAGAUUGGUGUGCCCAGAGGAUCGUGCGGCACCUCCAGAGGGAUGGGCAGGCGGUGCUGGAGAACGUUUCCGAGGAUGGAGAGGAGCUGCCCGGGUGCCUAGGGCGGCACCAGAACCCAGGGCACGCGAUGGAGGCAGGCUGGUUCCUGCUGCGCCACGCCGCCCGCCGCGGAGACCUCGCCCUGCGCGCCCAGGCCAUCGACAAGUUCCUGCUGCUGCCCUUCCGCUGCGGCUGGGACCCCGAGCACGGCGGCGGCCUCCUUUCCUUCCAAGAUGCAGACCAGCUCUGCCCAACCCAGCUGGAGUGGGAUAUGAAGCUGUGGUGGCCGCACAGCGAAGCCAUGAUCGCCUUCCUCAUGGGCUACAGCCAGACCAGAGACCCCGCUUUGCUGAGCCUCUUCUGCCAAGUGGCUGAGUACGCCUUCACUAAGUUCCGGGAUCCGGAGCACGGGGAAUGGUACGGCUACUUGAAUCGGGAAGGGAAGGUGGCCCUCACCAUUAAAGGAGGCCCUUUCAAAGGCUGCUUCCACGUGCCUCGCUGCCUCUACAUGUGUGAGGAGCUGCUGGUGAAACUGCUGGAAGACGAGGAGGACUAGCGCGAACCCCACUUCCAGGGGGCCCCCAUUGUUUCCCCUGUCUGUCUUCCUUGUCCCCGCAAUAAAGAGAAGAGAAGCAGCAUG